ACUCAGAGGUUAAACAUAUUAAUUUUUUUUCAGUUAUGAUUCUGUCACUAAGGCAGUAAAUUUUAUCAAGUCACUAUGCAGACAUCUAUUCUUCUUUUACUGGUGUUAAUGUUUUUUCUGUUCAGUUUGGCUGAUGGCAAAAAAGAUAGUACACCUAAGAAAAUCAAAUCUCCUACAAAUGAAGAAAAAACAGAUGUUCUAAUACUUCACAAAAGAAACUUUGGAAGAGUUCUAAGGGAUAGCAGAUAUCUUCUGGUCACAUUUUACACUCCAUUAUCUGGACCAUCGCUCAUGACAUUGGCAGAAGUGACCAAAGCAGCAGCACAGCUAAAAAAGGAAUCGUCAGGAAUCACAUUUGGUAAAGUUGAUGUCUCAAAAGAAAAAGACCUUAAAAACGAUUUUAGUAUCCAUGAAUUUCCUACUCUUAAGUUCUUCAUUAAUGGCGACAAGAAUAUGCCCAUAAAUUACACAGGUGUAAGCAGCGCAUCUUCAUUGGUCACAUGGUUGAAAAGAAGACUAGGGCCAAGUGCGAUUCUGAUCCAUGAUACUGCUGGUGUCGAAUCUUUCAUAAACUCAGCAGUGGUUACUGUCGUUGGCUUCUUUAAGGAUCUCCAGUGCAGACCAGUUGAAGUGUUCUAUGAUGCAGCAAAGGAUGUGUCAGAUCUGCCAUUUGGCAUUACAAAUAACUUAGAUGUUUUCAGUCAAUAUGAUGUUACAACAGACAGUGUUGCAGUAUUUAAAAAGUCUGAGGAAGAAUAUGUACAUUACAAAACAGCUAUAGGAGACCCGGUGAACAAAGUGGAUAUCAUCAAAUUCAUUAGAACAUACGAGAUGGAUAUCGUCACAGAAUAUAAUUCUGAGACAUCAGUGAAGAUUUUCCAUAUACCUAUCGACAGUCACCUUCUGCUGUUCAUUGCCAAGACUUCCAAAGAUUUUACUAAGACUUAUGAAGACUACAAGGCAGUAGCCAAAGAAUUCCGAGGGAAGAUAUUGUUUAUAGUUGCUAAUACUGAUGAAAGUAGGAAUGGACGAAUGUCUGAGUUUUUUCGCGUGCAUCAUGCUGACAUUCCUGGAGUUCGAAUGUUUAAUGUGACCAGCUCUUUUAAAUAUCGAAUGCCUGCAGAUGAAAUCACAUUUGAAAAUGUCAAGACAUUUUGUGAGAGUUAUCUAAAUGGAAAAAUAAAGCCCCAGCUGGACAGUGAAGAAAUUCCCGAAGACUGGAAUCAAACACCAGUGAAAGUAUUGGUUGGAAAAAACUUUGACAAAAUUGUGUUCGACAAAACCAAAAACGCUUUUGUAAUGUUAUAUUUACCAUGGUCUCAGGAUAGCAAACAUCUCCUUCAGAUAUGGACCAAACUUGGAAACAUGUAUGAGGGCUACAGCAAUGUUGUUAUUGCCAAAGUGGACUGUGGAACAAAUUAUAUUCACUCUCUUGGUGUUAAGCAGUACCCAGCAAUUCUGUAUUUUCCUGCUGGAGCAGGUCAGAAGAUUGUGCAUUAUAAUGGAGAAAAGACCUUACAAGCCUUUUCUGGCUUUUUAACCAGCAAUGGCAUACUGCCAGGUGAAAAGAUGACCAAGAAACCAGCAGUCAAGGAUGAGCCAUUUAAUAAAGAAGGCAAAGAAUGGAAAACGAAGAAAGAACUUUAGCCACAUUUGAAUAUUGAUAAAUCAAAAUGACAAACAAUAUUGGUUUAUUAAGAUUUUAAGGGAGACGCAGCAGAGAAGAUAUUCUAGAUGUUUAACGAAGUGCUCAGGUUAAUUCAGACAGACAAAUUCCAACCAUAUAUACAUUCACAAUAAAUACAUAACAUUUUACCCCUAAAAACAAAUAAAGAGAUAUUAAAAUA